CGUUGGUUUUGUCUAUGUGAUUUUGGUUGUUUUCUUAGUUGAGUAAUUAAAGUGUGAUAAUAAAAAGAUAAAGGAAGUCUUCUCUUGCUAUGAAAUUUCCUUCUUCGUUUGCGGGAUUUUCUCUCUUUUUUCUAUAAAUUAGGAUUCUCUUAUUUCUCUUCCUCGGUUUUUUGUUUUUUAUUGUUAGUUUUAGUAAGCAGCAUAUUCGAAUUACUCUCAUUUCUUUGACUCUUUUUUAAAUAUCAUCUGAUUUUCUAUCCGUUUUUCUUGUUGAGUUUUUUGUUUCUAAGAUCCGGGUUUCAAUACCAAAUCACCCUUUGAUCUCUUGACAGCUUGAAUUUUUUUUAUUUUUUGAAAUUUAGUUAGAUCCAAAUUAUCUGUAUAGGGAAUUUAGGUCUUUUUUAGUAUUUUUGGAUUUGGGAGGAUCAUCAGUAGUGAGAAAUGGUAGUGAGAAUGAGAUGGCCAUGGCCACCACAGUUAUCAAAGAAAUUUGAGGUGAAAAUAGUUGUGAGGAAGCUUGAAGAAUUCCAUCAAAUUGGGGGAGAUAGAGAUGUUAUUGAUGGAGAAAAACCAUUGGAUGUUUCUAAAUUGUCUGUUGAGGUCAGAUGGAAAGGUCCUAAAUUUGCUUUAACUUCGUUUAGACGUUCAGUGAAGAGGAAUUUUACUAAAGAGGAGGAAAUUAGAGAUGAUGAUGCUGGUGUUGUUGAAUGGAAUGAGGAUUUUCAGAGUGUUUGUAAUCUUUCUGCUUACAAAGAAAACGUCUUUCAUCCGUGGGAGAUCACUUUUACCCUCUUAAAUGGGUUGAACCAAGGAGUGAAGAAUAAGAACCCAGUAGUUGGAACAGCAUCCUUGAAUCUCGCAGAAUAUGUUGCUGCAGCAGCAGAAAAAGAGAUCGAAGUUAGUAUUCCACUUUGCCUUUCGAGUGGAAACGCCGACUCGCAUCCGUCUCUUUCUCUAUCUCUUAGCGUAUUGGAACUGAGAACCACCCAAGAGUCUUCAGAGCCUGUUCAAAGAUCAAUGGUGCCUGCUCCACUGUCUCCCAUGGCAGGAGAGGUUUUACCAACAGAGAAAGAUGAACUAUCUGCCCUAAAAGCAGGUUUAAGAAAGGUAAAAAUUCUAAAGGAGUAUGUGUCGACUCGAAGAGCUAAAAAGGUGUACCGUGAGGAUGAGGGAAGUGAUGAAAGGUGCUCUGUUAGGAGCGACGAUGGUGAGUAUGUAUUUCCAUUCGAUACAGCGUCUCUUGAUGAUUGUGAUGAAAGAGAAAUGGUGGUUGAAGAUACUUCUAGUGUUAGGAAAUCUUUCAGUUAUGGCAGCUUGGCAUAUGCAAAUUGUGUUGGUGGGUCUUACAUCUCCGAGAUGAAGAUCAAUGGCGAAAAUGAGGACUGGAUUUAUUACAGCAAUCGCAAAUCAGAUGUGGGAUGCGUGACUGUAGAGGAAUCAACCGCAUCAGUGUCUGAUCAGACUCUAAUGCAGAGUUCAAAAAGGAGGGGCAUUCUGUCUUGGAGGAAGAGGAAGCUGAACUUUAGAUCUCCUAAAGCCAAAGGGGAGCCACUGCUGAAAAAAGCUUAUGGUGAAGAGGGUGGAGACGACAUUGAUUACGAUCGAAGGCAGCUGAGCUCCUCUGAUGAGUCCAAUCCAUCAAUCAGGCACAAGGCAGAUGAUGACUCAAAUGCAAACCGGCCAUCAGUGUCCGAAUUUGGGGAUGACAAUUUUGCUGUUGGAAGCUGGGAGAGCAAGGAAUUUGUGAGCCGCGAUGGACACAUGAAACUUUUGACACAUGUAUUCUUCGCUUCCAUUGAUCAGCGGAGUGAACGUGCGGCAGGCGAGAGUGCAUGCACAGCUUUGGUUGCUGUAAUUGCAAACUGGUUCCAAACUAAUAGAGACUCCAUGCCCAUCAAAUCCCAGUUUGACACCCUAAUCAGGGAAGGCUCCUUAGAAUGGAGAAACAUGUGUGGAAAUGAGACUUACAGGGAAAAGUUCCCUGACAAACACUUCGACUUGGAAACAGUUCUCCAGGCUAAGAUCCGCCCAAUCUCCAUCGUCUCUGACAAAUCUUUUGUUGGGUUCUUCUAUCCAGAAGGGAUGGAAGGAGGGGGUUUUGAAUUUCUCCAGGGAGCUAUGUCUUUUGAUAACAUAUGGGAUGAGAUCAGCUCUGGCAAUGAUCUCUGUUUCAGUAAUGGUGAACCUCAGGUGUACAUUGUGAGCUGGAAUGAUCACUUCUUUAUCCUGAAAGUUGAACCAGAAGCCUACUACAUUAUUGACACACUCGGUGAGAGGCUUUUCGAAGGCUGUGACCAAGCUUACAUUUUAAAGUUUGAUAGAGACACUAAAAUUCACAGAGUACCUGAAGAAGAAGUAGAAAAGUCAUCCAAAGAAAAACAAGUAAAUGAUCAACAGAUUGUGGCAGCAACUCCGGAGAUUUCAGGAAACCAGCAAAUCUCUUUGAAAAUGUCAGAAGAGGAUCCCAUGGUGAACUCUGCUAUAGUAAAGAUAGAUGACGAAUCCGGUGAGAGCGAGAAAAAUGAGGAGGUUGUUUGUGAAGGGAAGGAAUCAUGUAAGGAAUAUAUUAAAAGCUUCUUAGCUGCAAUACCCAUAAGAGAAUUGCAAGAUGAUGUGAAGAAGGGAUUAAUGGCUUCAACGCCGAUCCAUCAUAGGUUACAAAUUGAGUUCCAUUACAUUGAGUUUUUGCAGCCCUUGCCUGAACCAUCAACAACAGCAAUAAUAGCAUCAGGAGGGACUCUCUAAGAGAGAAGAUAGAGCAAGUGUUGGGAGUUCUAGCUGCAAACUGUUGAUACUGAGCUUAUUCUUUAUCAAGUGUUUAUUGUCAACUUAAUUUAGGGAAAUGAUUCUUUGCAAGUAAGUGAGACCACAUGAGGACAUUAUCUCAUUUCUCCCACUCUAGUACAUGUGAAAAGAUUCGCUCUCAAACCGUAAAGAUGAACAUUGUCAAUAGGGACUUGGGACUUUGAAAAGUGGGAAGAGAUACUUGUCUUUCAUGCUGGGUGUUUUCUAGAUGAUACAAUGCAACUUGCUGUAAUUUUCCCUUUGUGUGUAUUCCUUGUCACGUUACCUGUUUUACAUAUUCAUUGGUAUCCACUGCCUCUACCUUUCCAU